AUGAUAAAAAGAUUAUGGAAAUUACAUGAUUAUUUAGACAUUGUUGAUGUAACCAAGGAAACCAACUUAAAACUGAGAGGAAAAUUAUUACAAUGUUUUACUAAUUAUGAUUUUUACAAGGCUCCACAGGGUGUGAUGUUUCUCAGUUUUUUGUUCCAUUUAAAUGAUAAUUUUAUUCCAACAUUACAUUCUGCUAUUAAACAAGAAAUUCCCUUUGCCCCCAAGGCUUUGCUGGAGAAAUUUGGUGAAGUUUAUUUCAGUGCUUGGCAGAAGUCAACUGGAACAACUCGUAAGAUAAUAGAAGAUAAAUGUAUUCAGAAUUUGAUGCAUCAAGCAGCUGUUGCUCCAAGGACUGGGGACCCGAAUAUGUCUACCAUUUUACUGAAGGUAUUAAGAUAUAUCCAUAAUAAAAAAGAACAGACUGGAGUUGAUUUGAUGCUACAUGAGUUAUACUCGCCUUUUCUCUGGAGAUAUUUAAGGGCUCCUCAUUCUGAAGUAAGAGCUAACUGUGCCAGUAUUCUUAUGGAUGUGUUUCCAUUGACAACUGAUGAGAAAGAAAGUUCUGAUGAUUUGAUGCAAGAACAAUAUGAAUUCCUAUUGUGUUUGUUAAAAGAUCCAAACCAUGGUGUAAGACUGAUAGCUGUGAAAGGUGUUUUCAAUAUACUCUAUUUAUGUUGGGAGUUAUUGCCCUUGACAGCGUUAAAUGGUAUAUUAGUAGUAUUGAUUAAAGAUUUAUCAUGUGACAGUUCAUCUGAUAAUAUAAGACAGGCUGUUAUUCAGGGCUUUACAUCAUUAAUAGACAACCCUCAAACUUUCCCUGUAUUACAACCAAUACUACCACAGUUAAAAUUCAGUAUACAUGAUUCUUCAGAGAAAGUUCGAAUUGCUGUCAUGGAACUUUUGUUAAAGAUAAAACAUGUCAGAACUUUCAAGUACUGGACAGUCAUACCAAUAAAACACAUCUUAGCUCAUCUGAAUAUUACCGAGUCCAUGCCAGUUAAACGUCGUAUUAUGAAGCUGAUGUUUCGCAGUUUCUUCCCCAUUGAUCAGGACGAGGAUCAUCAAGUUGACCGUUUGGUCACACUGAUAGAAAUGAAUACUGACGCUUGUCGCCAUUUUAUUAAAUCUUUUCCCCAGUAUAUGACUGUAGCUGAAACAGGUAAUGGUCUGAUCUCUUAUACCCCCGUCACACUGAAAAGGGGCACUUACUGUGCUGUUGCAGUGAUACAAAAUGGACUUGAAGUUCUGGUGUGA